AUUUAAUUGUUGUCAAGUUUUCAUUUUUGAGUGACAGCAAAAUAUUUUUAUUUUGGUAACGAUUAGUAUUAACGCAUCUUUGAAAAAUGUAUAAAUUACGACCUGUGAUCAAUAAUCUUCAUGAUAACUUUAGACGUAAAGCAAUCCCGGUGAGAUCAUUUUGGGAAUAUGUUAAUAUGAUGUUUAAUAAACCGGAUCCAGAGCGUAUAAAAACACUAGGACCUGAUAGAGCAUGUGCCGAAUGGGUUCUUCGCAAUGGAGGCAAAAUUAUUUGGUCUGAUGGAAAAAAACUUGAAGACUAUAAUUCGCUUCCUCCAGAAGAACAAUCUGUGCCAAAAAUAGUAGCUAUAGAUGGGUCUGAUUCAUCCAUUUCCCAUUAUGGUUUUCCACAUUUAAGUGGUUGCACAAUGUUAGAGAAAAUUAUACUCCAUAAUAACAAAUAUAUAGAUGACAGAGCAAUGAAAGGACUUGCAUAUGGUGACGCUACUCUCAAAUAUGCACAAGUUUCAGAAUGUGUAAACGUGACUGACAUAGGAUUGAAAGAAAUUAGGGUUUUAACAAAACUAAACACCCUAGUCCUAUUUAAAUUGUCAAGUGUAAAUAACUUGGAUGAUUGUAAACAGUAUCUCCAGUCUCAACUGCCAAGUUGCAAAAUACUAGGCCAAGAAGAGCAGGUUAAGUGUUAAAUGAAUGGAUUAAAUGAAGAAAAGCUUGUAUACUAAAAUCUAAAUUGCUUUUGUAGUCAUGUUAAUUAAGAAAACUAUUUAUAGUAAUUAUAAUCUUUAAUAAUUAACAAUUUAUAUUAUUUUACACCUUUACCAACAGCAGAACUAACAUCAUUAUAACCAUCUUUUAAUAACAACUGAGCUAGUUCCGAUUUAAUCUUGGUAACAACUGGAGGACCGUGAUAAAUGAGCGCCGUAUAUAUUUGCACGACACUUGCCCCAGC